GGGCGGGAUUUCCGGCGUGCGGGGCGCGCGCGCGCGCGGCGGGGCGGGAGCGGCCGCGCGAGCCGGGGCUGCGGGGCGGCCACGCCACUUCCGCCUCCGCCGCCGCGUGAGGGGCCGGGAGCGGCACCGGGAGCGCCGGGAAUUCCGGGAGCGGCGCCGGCUGCGGCCUCAGCCGGGAGCGCGGCGGAGGAACCGCCGCCUAGCGCAGCCCCGCGCCGGCCGCCGCAGCCCCGAGCGGCUGCGCCCCAGCUCCAUGAAUGGAAAUCGGCAGCGCAGGACCCGUGGGGGCACAGCCCCUGCUCAUGGUGCCCAGACGUCCCGGCUAUGGCACCAUGGGCAAGCCCAUUAAACUGCUGGCCAACUGCUUCCAAGUUGAAAUCCCAAAGAUUGAUGUCUACCUCUAUGAGGUGGAUAUCAAACCAGAUAAGUGUCCUCGGAGGGUGAACAGGGACGUGGUGGACUCUAUGGUGCAGCAUUUUAAAGUGACAAUAUUUGGGGACCGUAGACCAGUUUAUGAUGGGAAAAGAAGCCUCUAUACAGCCAAUCCACUUCCUGUGGCCACUACUGGGGUGGAUUUGGAUGUGACACUACCCGGAGAAGGUGGAAAAGAUCGUCCCUUCAAAGUGUCAAUAAAGUUUGUUUCUCGGGUGAGCUGGCACUUGCUGCAUGAAGUUUUGACAGGAAGAACCUUGCCUGAGCCUCUGGAACUAGACAAACCUAUCAGCACUAACCCUGUUCAUGCUGUCGAUGUGGUGCUACGACACCUCCCCUCCAUGAAGUACACCCCUGUGGGCCGCUCCUUCUUCUCAGCUCCAGAAGGCUAUGACCACCCCCUGGGAGGAGGCAGGGAGGUCUGGUUUGGGUUCCAUCAGUCUGUCCGACCUGCCAUGUGGAAGAUGAUGCUCAACAUCGAUGUUUCUGCCACUGCCUUCUACAAAGCACAACCCGUAAUUCAGUUCAUGUGUGAAGUCCUUGACAUUCAUAAUAUUGAUGAACAACCAAGACCUCUGACUGAUUCUCAUCGGGUAAAAUUCACCAAAGAGAUAAAGGGUCUAAAGGUAGAAGUGACUCACUGUGGGACAAUGAGAAGGAAGUACCGUGUCUGUAACGUAACGAGGCGGCCUGCAAGUCAUCAAACCUUUCCUUUACAGCUAGAAAAUGGCCAGACUGUGGAGAGGACAGUAGCACAGUAUUUCAGAGAGAAAUACAACCUCCAGCUGAAAUACCCUCACCUUCCUUGUCUGCAAGUGGGACAGGAACAAAAACACACCUACCUGCCUUUAGAAGUGUGUAACAUCGUGGCUGGCCAGAGGUGCAUCAAGAAGCUGACAGACAAUCAGACAUCAACCAUGAUAAAAGCUACAGCCAGGUCUGCCCCAGACAGGCAGGAGGAGAUCAGCAGAUUGGUGAGAAGUGCAAAUUAUGAUGCAGAUCCAUUUGUCCAAGAGUUCCAGUUCAAGGUGAGGGAUGAGAUGGCCCAUGUGACAGGACGUGUGCUCCCAGCCCCGAUGCUGCAGUACGGAGGACGGAAUCGAACCGUGGCAACACCAAGCCACGGCGUGUGGGACAUGAGAGGGAAACAGUUCCACACUGGGGUGGAGAUCAAGAUGUGGGCCAUAGCUUGCUUUGCAACACAGAGACAGUGCAGAGAAGAAAUUCUGAAGGGUUUCACAGACCAGCUGCGCAAGAUCUCCAAGGACGCCGGCAUGCCGAUCCAGGGCCAGCCCUGCUUCUGCAAGUACGCCCAGGGUGCAGACAGCGUGGAGCCCAUGUUCCGACACCUCAAGAACACCUAUUCAGGGCUUCAGCUCAUCAUCGUCAUCCUGCCAGGGAAGACGCCUGUGUAUGCGGAGGUGAAGCGCGUGGGAGACACGCUGUUGGGAAUGGCCACACAGUGUGUUCAGGUCAAGAACGUCAUUAAAACAUCUCCACAGACCCUCUCAAAUCUGUGCCUGAAGAUUAAUGUUAAACUAGGAGGAAUCAACAACAUCCUUGUACCUCAUCAACGACCUUCUGUGUUCCAGCAGCCAGUGAUCUUUUUGGGAGCUGAUGUCACUCACCCUCCAGCUGGAGAUGGGAAGAAGCCUUCCAUUGCUGCUGUUGUAGGCAGCAUGGAUGCUCAUCCCAGCCGGUACUGUGCCACGGUGAGGGUCCAGCGGCCCCGGCAGGAGAUCAUCCAGGACCUGGCCUCCAUGGUCAGGGAGCUGCUCAUCCAGUUCUACAAAUCAACACGGUUCAAGCCCACCCGGAUCAUCUUCUACAGGGACGGGGUCUCUGAGGGACAGUUCCGACAGGUUUUAUAUUAUGAACUGCUGGCCAUUAGAGAAGCCUGCAUCAGUUUGGAGAAGGAUUACCAGCCUGGAAUAACCUACAUUGUGGUGCAGAAGAGACAUCAUACACGGCUGUUCUGUGCUGACAGAACAGAAAGGGUCGGACGAAGUGGCAAUAUUCCAGCUGGGACAACUGUAGAUACAGACAUCACACACCCCUACGAGUUUGAUUUUUACCUCUGUAGCCAUGCUGGAAUACAGGGAACCAGCCGUCCCUCCCACUACCACGUCCUGUGGGAUGACAACUGCUUCACGGCGGACGAGCUGCAGCUGCUGACGUACCAGCUGUGCCACACGUACGUGCGCUGCACCCGCUCCGUCUCCAUCCCCGCGCCCGCCUACUACGCUCACCUGGUGGCAUUCAGAGCACGCUACCACCUCGUGGACAAGGAACACGACAGUGCUGAAGGGAGCCACGUGUCAGGACAGAGCAACGGGCGAGACCCGCAGGCCCUGGCGAAGGCUGUACAGAUUCACCAAGACACCUUACGCACGAUGUACUUCGCUUAAGUCAAUGACCCGGGAGACACUCACGGAGAGGAGAACUGAGAACUUAAGCCACAUACAAUGUAUGUUUCCAGGGGGUUGGUUUAGGGGCUGUGCCUCCCAUCGUGCUGGAGCUGACGCUGUGCAGGGGCGAGAGGCUCACCCUUAAAUUGACACGAGGAAGAUUGUUUACUUCAUCCAGGAACACAGCACUAUUAUGCAAUAUGAAACCAGCCAACUGCUUUUUUGGGGCGGGCUCCUGUGGGAAGCCACCGCCAUCAUUUUUUUUUUAAUUAUUAUUUCUCGUAGUUUAACCCUCUUCUGCCUUUACCUCAAGUUGCUCGGCAGCACAACUAUUGUUGCAAAAAAAAAAAAAAAAAAAAAGAUAGUAAUAAUAAACUAAAAUCUAUUGUGUAAUUUAAAACAAAAAACAAACCACCUUUUAGAAACAAUCACAGUGAUUGUUUGGAGAAGGGAAGUGUGCAAAAAAGAAAAUAAGUUUUUAACCCCCGUGCAUUGAGGAAUCCUUGUCUCAGUAUUGCCAUCGAGCAAUAUGAACAUAUCCAAGUGCAUUGGAAUGUACAGCACUAGCUAGGUAACAGUGAGGGGGGGAAGAUGUUUUGCACACUAAUCCAAUAAUUUGAACCUAAUUUAGCCAAUGGCUGCCUUUGUGUCUUUUCUCACAGCUUUGGAGUUCUCAGCUCCAAGAGUUCCCUUUCAAAAGCAAUCCAAGAAGCUCGUGGUUCAUGUGCAGGCAGUAGUGACCCAACUCUUCUUGCUCCCUGGGGGAAUUUACUAAAGCUGCUGUUUUACCUAGUCCAAAAGUUUCAAUUUUUUCCUAUCUGGCAAGUCAAAUCUGUUGAAGCCUCACGUGAGAUCUGAUGUCCCAGGUUUUCUGGGAUGGCAUACAGUAACCACCAGAACUGAAACUUUAGAGCUAAGGUCUUUUUGGAAAAAAAAGAAACCUGCUACUUUACUUGCUGCCUCUCACACCUUAAUGUGAUUCAUAUGUAUGUGUGUUUGAAGUUUAGCUUCCUUUUGUUUCUUUUAUAUUUAUUAGAGUAAUAAUAAUGCUUUAAUUUAAUUAUUACAGAACAUAUGGUCAACAUCAACUUUUAUUUUUUAGAAAUGUAAUCAUGUUUAUUUUUAAAAAAAAGAAACUGACAACUUGUUUUGCUAUCUUUUAGUGCAAUAAGCAUUCUAAAGAAAAACUGUGUCCAUUGAGCUGUACUGAAGCAGUGUCUGUACCACGGACCGUGGGAGAAUGGACACCUCCAGGAUUUUAAAAGGACAAAGUAAAAGCCUUAAUUUUGAAAGGAAAGUUUUAUAGUCAGAAGGAAUCUUGAAUUUUCCUUUUUUAAAUCAAAAAAAAAUACAAAAAAUGCUUCUAGACUUCUGCAAGCUUUACUUGUCGCUGCAGUAUUUUGAUUUAACAAAGGAAUUGGCCUUAUUUUUGGCUUUGAAAUGUGGAGCAUAUUUGAAUUAAAUGGAAAGGGUUUUGUAUUAAGAUCUCAGUUUUUACAUGCUUAGUUAAACCUAUUUGACAUCAGUAAAAUGUCUGGAAUUA